AAUAUCUAAUCUAAACUAAAUAUCACUAGCAAAAUUUGGCCAUUGCACGUGAUAAAGCGGUCACCCUGUACGUGUUGUCCUGUUCAUUUGUUCGGAUCAGCUGCCGCUCCCUCAGCCGCCGCUCCCUCAGCCGCCCUGGGUCGAAUGGCUGUCUGCGAGGAGUAUAAAAGGCGGCCCUAGAAGGUCGAGCUCAGUCUCUCCCCUCUCGUCGACGUCCAGAGCUGCAACUCACAAUGGCACGCCUCGUACUGUUUGUGUUGGCAAUGCUGGUGGCCGGCAUCUCCGCCGGGAAGAAAAUCACCCAGUCCUCGGCAUUCUCCUGGGACACAGACCCCAUCUGCGGCGUGGGGGAACUCCCCUAUAACUGCCACCUGAAGAAGGUCCAGUGUGGCGCUAUCACCAAGAUGUUAGAGCCAAGUGGAGGUUACAUCCAGAACUUCGUCAUCUGUGCCAAGGCAGCAGCCAGCGAACUGGGCCCCGUUUUCUUCAAGAACUUAGGAGUAGCUUACGCAAACAGCACAGACGGCAAACGCGUUUCCCCCACCAUCACUGACGUCCGCCGCUGCGCGCUCGAGUCGACGGGACUGCUGCAGUCUGACUCAACCAUCAACCGCACCGCCAUCGCCGCCUCCAUCACCACCGCCUUCAAAGCCUCUCCCUUGGGCGUCGCCAUAGGCCAGGCCGCUACCACCUGCCCCGAGCCGACCGAAUUCAUGAUGGCAGACUUCAUGAACUGCCUCAAGGAAGCCUGCCUCCAGAACGUGCUUGUCAUGUUCACAACGGCAGCCCCACCCACGACGACGACGAAGACUACAACUACUAAAACUACGACUUCGCAGGCCAACAUUUUCCUGCCCAUAAAUGUUCUAAAUUCUCUCUAUAUGCCUGACGUCUGAACACAACAGAAAACGGGAAUGCCUCACUCAACGAGAUGACCGGAUUUUAUUUAUGAAUUCUGUGUUUUUUCACGAUACAGUGAUAUGUAACAUCUGAUGUACUAUUUUAUUAUAAAUAUUGUGUACUAUUA